AUGAUGUCAAAGCAGGCCGAAAAUAUAAAGGAGGUUACAUCAGUAAUCGAAGAUAAGGGCGAUACAAUAGCUAAAUCACCUUCGGUGGAUGAAUCAUUUUUUGCAUCACCACUUUAUGACUUUCUAUAUCCUCUACGCCCAGUAACCAAUCAAUGGUCUGUGAAGUAUGUUACAGCACUUUUUGCAUUAAUUAUAAGGUUGGCGGUUGGUUUGGGAGGUUAUUCGGGUAAGAACAUAUCGCCAAUGUUCGGUGAUUUCGAAGCGCAGAGGCACUGGAUGGAAGUAACACUAAAUCUUCCAAUAGAUAAAUGGUAUUUUUUUGAUUUACAGUAUUGGGGAUUGGAUUAUCCACCGCUUACUGCCUAUCAUUCAUAUUUGCUUGCGAAAUUAGGCUCAUUCGUUAAUAAUGAAUGGUUCACUCUUAAUAUUUCCAGGGGUUAUGAAAGCGAUGACCUACAAGCAUUCAUGCGCUUUACAGUUCUUCUUAGUGAGUUAUUCUGUUAUAUUCCCGCAGUUGUUUAUUUCACUAGGUGGAUGGGAAAGCAUAGAAACCAAUCUCCAAUUGGGCAGUAUGUAGCUGGUGCAGCUAUAUUGUUUCAACCGGCCUUAAUCCUUAUUGAUCACGGGCAUUUUCAAUAUAAUUGCGUGAUGCUUGGGAUGACAGUUUAUGCGAUAAAUAAUCUAUUAGAUGAAUUUUACGCUUUGUCUGCUGUUUGUUUUACCUUUGCACUAGGGUUCAAGCAGAUGGCCUUGUACUAUGCUCCCGUCAUUUUUGCAUAUUUGCUAAGCAGGUCGAUAUACUAUCCUCGGUUUAAUUUCCCUAGGUUAGUAACAAUUUCAAAUGCUACAAUUAUAAGCUUUACCUGUUUGUAUGCCCCGAUAUACAUUAGUGGUGGAUUCCGCAAUAUAAUUCAGUCCUUACAUAGGAUAUUUCCGUUCUCCAGAGGCAUAUUCGAGGAUAAGGUCGCUAACUUCUGGUGUGUUUCUAACAUACUUAUCAAGUAUAAGGUUCUCUACACUCAGUCUCAAUUGCAAUUAUAUGCUCUACUAGCCACAGGGUUGGGUAUAUUACCAUCUGUUUUGAUUACGUUCUUUUAUCCACGGAAAUUUAUGAUUCCCUACACAUUAGCAGCAUGCUCGAUGUCAUUCUUUUUGUUCAGCUUCCAGGUUCAUGAAAAGUCAAUUUUAUUGCCACUACUUCCGAUAACACUUUUAAUGACUUCUACAGAUUGGGAUGUAUUAUCCAUGGUAUCAUGGAUAAAUAAUGUUGCACUCUUUACGUUGUGGCCAUUGUUGAAGAAGGACGACUUAAUGUUACAAUAUAUUACAAUGUUCCUGUUCUAUAAUUGGUUAAUUGGAAAUUUCAGUUUUGUUACACCCACAUUUCUACCUAAAUUUUUAACUCCCGGGCCGUCUGUUAGCGAUGUUGCAGAUGACUAUAGACGUAGAAGUUUACUACCCCGGAAUUUGAUGUGGAGGAUUAUAAUAGUUAUCUCAUAUAUUUUUAUGGCGGCUAUUCAUGUUAUGGAUUACUUUAUAAUGCCUCCUAAAGCAUAUCCUGAUAUGUGGGUGUUGGCUAACUGCACAUUAGGCUUUGGUUGCUUCGGUUUGUUCUGGUUGUGGAACCAUUAUAAAAUGUGGACAAUAAGGCACAAAUCUCUCUCGGAUCUAUAA